UUCCUUCUCUGCAAUUUCUUACUUAUUUCUUCUUUCUUCUUCUCCUUCCUUCUGUGUUCUACUCAUCAAAAAAACCAAUGAUGAUAAUAAAACCACACAUAAAUUAGGGUUCUCUCUGGAUUUUGCGAGAGAUAUGGAGAUGGAGACAGAGACGGAGACGGAUACGGAGACAGAGACGGAGUACGAUGUUGAUAUGGAUACAGAUAUGAUGGUGUUCGAAGUGACUGAAAUCGAUUUGGAUUACGAGUUUGAUGCUGCUCAUUGGUUUGAUUUUACUCGGGAAGAGUUGGCUUUGGAGUCUCGUGCUGCUGAACUUUGGUUUGAGACCGCUCAGUCUUAUCCACCGUCUCCUUUUGCAGUAGAAUUGAUUAUGAGAGAGAAGGUUUUGUCUGAAGACAAGACUGAGUCUUUGUCAAAAUCAGAAGUUGGGGAAGUUACGGUAGAUGUUCAAGAUGUGAAUGAAAUAGGAAAUGGAACGAGGUCUGGGGUGUUUACUUUCAUCCAAGGUGGUACUUUGAACAAAGAUCCAAAUGAGUCCUUACAUAAAGGACCUACAUUUAGCAAUCGGACUCCUUCUGAUAAACUGAAAUACCGACCAAAGUCAAGCAUCAGGCCUAUACCAAGAGGCUCAACAUUGAUGAAGCCUACUGCUAGCCUAUUGGCAAAGCUAGAUAAUGCCAGACUGCAAAGGCAAGUGGAUGAAAGUAAGGAGAAAGGCUUGUUUCCUUCAACUGGAUCUGAAAUGCAAUCUGCUAAAAGACAGAAGCUCGAGGGAGGUCUACUUCGUAAGGUUGCUGAAGUGACGCAGGAAACGAAUUUGGUCCAUAAGUUACUCAAGAAGGAUCUCGAUAAAAACUCACUACAUGCGAGGAUGAAGAUUACUGUCCCUCAGGAGCCUGACUUUGCAACAUCACAUAGAGCAAAUAGGAUAAGGCACAGGAUUGAUGCUAAGUUGGAGCAGGACUCAACAUCAGUGUAUGGGUUCAAAGCACGCCCCUUGAACCGAAAAAUCUUUGAGGCUCCAUCAUUACCCAUUCGAAAAAAGAGCACUCCUAAACUACCAGAAUUUCAAGAGUUUCGCUUGAAGACCUCGGAAAGAGCUAUGCAACAUUCAUCAGCAGUGUCAACGUCGCCAUAUCCGGGAAAUAAUAAUCGUAAGGAGUCAGAUAAGCCUAAUACAACAGCAUAUCUUGACGGUGUUAACAGAGAACCAAGAAGACCAAGAGCUAUGGAUACACCUAAGGAUGAUGAUAGAAAACACCUCUUGAAAGCUCGGCCUCUUAAUAAUAAGAUACUUUCAAGUGGACAAGACAUUGGCAUUUUCACAAAAAGCAAGCGAGAAACUACAACUCCCGUGGGGUUUAGGUUUCACUCAGAAAGGAGAGCUCAACCAAAUUUGCCGACAGACCUUUUCAGUAAGCUCUCCUUAUCAUCCGAACUCCAGCAAAACAAUGGAUCUCACUCAAGAUUUGAUCAGCCUGAACAAAAAACAAGCAAGUUUGCGAGGAAACCGAUGGUACAACACUGUGUAAUUCCUGAAACUAGCCGGCAAUGGACUUCUUCUCGGAGUGGUAAGCUCGAAGCAGCGGUGCAACUAAAUUAACAAGAGCGUAGCUGAUCGUAGAAAAGAAUCCUUCUUAGUUAUAUGAAUCAUCUCCAUUCUUUUUUGUACAUUAAGACUUGGUUCUCUUAGGUGACAACUAUUCAAAAAGAAGGCUAACAUUAUGAAGAACUAAAAUCUGUCUCUCAAGGGGGUGUGGGUAUGACAUUGUGGUCGGCUAAUUUUGGCAAAGGAUAUGUAUAUUGUGGAUACUCAUUUCUUGAUAUGAAUUAUAUACAAAGAGAGGUUCAACAUCAGUUUUGGGGUUUUGAAACAAUAUAUGUUAAACCGUUAUAUGUAUUGAUCUGUGAUUUAUGUGAUGAAUGAAUGAAGCCAUAUACUCCUUGCAA